UGGUCUGUGAAUGACAUGAUCCUUUGGGAGCCUUGCCUGACUAUCAGCUGCAAAACUGCCGAGAACUUGCGAUCGAUCAUCAUCAUUAAAACUAUGCCUGUUCCAGACCAGCCCUCGUCUUCUGACAAGACAAGUUCCCUUAGUCCUGUGUUGAACACAUCCAAUGGCGAUGGCUCUGAAACUGAGACCACCUCUGCCAUUCUAGCUUCAGUCAAAGAACAGGAACUGCAAUUUGAGAGACUGACUCGAGAACUUGAGGCUGAACGUCAGAUUGUAGCAAGCCAGCUGGAGAGAUGUAAGCUUGGAUCAGAAACUGGAAGCAUGAGCAGCAUUAGUUCAACAGAAGAGCAGUUUCACUGGCAAACACAAGAUGGUCAGAAGGAUAUAGAAGAUGAACUCACCACUGGUCUGGAGCUGGUGGACUCCUGUAUUAGAUCACUGCAGGAAUCAGGGAUACUUGAUCCACAGGACUAUUCAGCUAGUGAAAGGCCUAGCCUCCUCUCCCAGAGUGCACUCCAGCUCAAUUCCAAACCUGAAGGAUCCUUCCAGUACUCAGCCAGCUACCACAGCAACCAGACCCUGGCCCUGGGUGAAACAGCAUCUGCCCAGCUCCCAUCCCGCAGCAGUCAGGCCAGAGGUGCCAUCCAGAGCUACAGCCAGCAGGGCCCGGGGGGCCGCGGCGCCCACCCGGGCGGCCCGGAGCCGCCGCCGCCGCCGCCGCCCGCCGCCCCGCAGCCGCGGGAGCCCUUCGCGCCCAGCCACGGCAGCGCCUUCCACCUGCCCGAGCCCCAGCACGCCGCCGCGCUCUACUACGCCAGCUCCACGCUGCCAGCGCAGCGGGUGAGCUCCCCGCUGCCCGCCCAGCCCGGCGGCUCCCCCACCAAGCUGCCGCGGGCCGGCUCCGCCGCCGAGGGCGCCGCCUACGCCACCGCGCAGCGCCUCUCCUCCCCGAAGCAGUCCCCCAGCCGCCUGGCCAAGUCCUACAGCACCAGCUCGCCCAUCAACAUCGUCGUCUCCUCGGCGGGACUGUCGCCGUCCCCCAUCCGAGUGACCUCCCCGCCCACCGUCCAGUCUAACAUUUCCUCCUCUCCUAUCCACCAGUUAAGCUCCACCAUCGGCACUUACGCCACCCUGUCGCCUACCAAGCGGCUGGUUCACGCUGCCGAUCAGUACAGCAAGCACUCCCAGGAGCUGUACGCCACCGCCACCCUGCAGAGACCCGGCUCCCUCGCAGCUGGGUCUCGGGCAUCUUACAGCAGCCAGCACAGCCACCUUGGCUCCGAGUUAAGGGCACUGCAGUCUCCAGAACACCAUAUAGAUCCUAUUUACGAAGACAGAGUUUAUCAGACCCCUAUGAGGAGUCUCAGCCAGACAGGGGACCCUCUGCAACCAGCACACACAGGCACAUAUCGCACUAGUACAGCCCCAUCUUCCCCUGGUGUCGACUCCGUACCCUUACAGCGCACAGGCAGUCAACACGGCACACAGAACGCAACAGCGACCUUCCAGAGGGCCAGCUAUGCGGCCGGCCCAGCCUCCAAUUACGCAGACCCCUACCGACAGCUGCAGUAUUGUCCUUCUGUUGAAUCACCAUACAGCAAAUCUGGGCCAGCCAUCCCACCCGAAGGGACCUUGGCUAGGUCACCUUCCAUUGAUAGCAUUCAGAAAGAUCCCAGAGAGUUUGGAUGGCGGGAUCCAGAGCUUCCAGAAGUUAUACAGAUGUUACAGCAUCAAUUUCCCUCAGUUCAGUCGAAUGCUGCAGCCUACUUACAACACCUCUGUUUCGGAGACAAUAAAAUAAAAGCAGAGAUAAGAAGACAAGGAGGGAUACAGUUACUGGUGGACCUAUUGGACCAUCGGAUGACAGAAGUCCACCGUAGUGCCUGUGGAGCUUUGAGAAACUUGGUAUAUGGGAAGGCAAAUGAUGACAACAAAAUAGCUCUGAAAAACUGUGGUGGUAUCCCAGCAUUAGUACGGUUACUCCGCAAGACUACAGAUUUGGAAAUCAGAGAACUGGUCACAGGAGUUCUCUGGAAUCUAUCGUCCUGUGAUGCACUGAAAAUGCCAAUCAUCCAGGAUGCCCUUGCAGUGUUGACCAAUGCAGUGAUCAUCCCUCACUCUGGAUGGGAAAACUCUCCACUCCAGGAUGAUCAUAAAAUACAACUCCAUUCAUCACAGGUGCUGCGCAAUGCCACUGGGUGCCUAAGGAAUGUCAGCUCUGCUGGAGAGGAGGCCCGCAGAAGAAUGAGGGAGUGUGAUGGCCUGACAGAUGCAUUGCUGUACGUGAUCCAGUCUGCUCUGGGGAGCAGUGAAAUUGAUAGUAAGACCGUUGAAAACUGUGUGUGCAUUUUGAGGAACCUCUCAUACAGGCUAGCUGCAGAAACAUCUCAGGGACAGCAAAUGGGAACAGAUGAACUUGAUGGAUUACUCUGUGGUGAUGCCAAUGGAAAAGACGCAGAGAGUUCAGGGUGCUGGGGGAAGAAGAAGAAGAAAAAGAAAUCACAAGAUCAGUGGGAUGGAGUAGGACCUCUCCCAGACUGUGCAGACCCACCCAAAGGAAUCCAGAUGCUGUGGCACCCUUCAAUAGUCAAACCCUACCUCACACUUCUUUCUGAGUGCUCAAAUCCAGACACGCUGGAGGGGGCAGCAGGGGCACUGCAGAACUUGGCUGCUGGGAGUUGGAAGUGGUCAGUGUACAUCCGUGCUGCUGUCCGCAAAGAGAAAGGAUUGCCAAUUUUGGUGGAGCUGCUCCGGAUAGACAAUGACCGGGUGGUAUGUGCAGUUGCUACAGCUUUACGAAACAUGGCCUUAGAUGUCAGAAAUAAAGAACUAAUAGGCAAGUAUGCCAUGAGGGAUCUGGUCCACCGACUGCCAGGCGCUAACAACAGCAACAGCUCAGCAAGCAAGGCCAUGUCUGAUGACACCGUUACUGCCAUUUGCUGCACUCUGCAUGAAGUCAUCACUAAAAACAUGGAGAAUGCCAAGGCCUUACGAGACGCAGGCGGCAUUGAGAAACUGGUUGGCAUAUCUAAGAGUAAAGGAGACAAGCAUUCGCCUAAAGUGGUGAAAGCAGCAUCUCAGGUCCUCAAUAGUAUGUGGCAGUACAGAGACCUGAGAAGUCUCUACAAGAAGGAUGGAUGGUCACAGUAUCACUUUGUAGCCUCAUCUUCAACAAUAGAACGGGAUCGGCAAAGGCCGUACUCCUCAUCCCGCACGCCCUCCAUCUCUCCCGUGCGCAUGUCUCCGAACAACCGCUCAGCAAGUGCCCCAGCCUCACCUCGGGAAAUGAUCAGCCUAAAAGAAAGAAAAACAGACUAUGAAUCAACUGGAACUAAUGCCACUUACCAUGGAAAUAAGGGAGAACACACUUCUAGGAAAGACACCAUGACAGCUCAGAACACUGGAAUCUCAACUUUGUACAGGAAUUCGUAUGGUGCACCUGCUGAAGAUAUCAAACAUAACCAGGUUUCAACACAGCCAGUUCCACAGGAGCCCAGCAGAAAAGAUUAUGAACCAUAUCAGUCAUUUCAGAAUUCAACAAGAAACUAUGACGAGUCCUUCUUUGAGGACCAAGUGCAUCAUCGUCCACCUGCAAGCGAAUACAACAUGCACCUGGGACUAAAGUCAACUGGCAACUACGUCGACUUCUACUCAGCUGCUCGUCCCUAUAGUGAACUUAACUAUGAAACAAGCCACUAUCCAGCCUCUCCCGACUCCUGGGUUUGAGACUUGGGCAGAUACAAAAGCUCCAGGAACUGUGCAUGUGCAUGCAUACCACGAGACAUUUUUUUUCCUGCAAAUUUAGUUUGUUAAAGCCUGUUCCAUAGGAAGGCACAGAUAACCAGUAUGGAAAAAAUUAAGAGAUUUUUUUUAGAAGGCUAAAAGAUACGAAAGCUAAACCUGGGAGUAAUUAGAAAGAAAUAUAUAUAUAUAUACAUAUAUAUAUAUUUUACAGUGUGGGGCAACUUUACUGUUGGCCUGUAGAGUCUAAAGUUCAGUGCUGUAUAUUGAACGUGGCUGAAGGAAGGAGGAAGACCAUGACAGUGGAUUUGGGUCAAGAGUUAAGCACAAGUUACUGAGCAGCGUACAUACUUUAUGGGGAACAGCUUCUCACACUUUGUUUAAUAUCCUCAUUCAUUGUGAAUCUAGGCUUCAAGUUGCAUUUGGGGUUUCCUCUGUACAGCAAGAUGUUUCUUGCCUUUUGUUAAUGCAUUGUUGUAAAGUAUUUGAUGUACAUUACAGAUAAAAAGAAAAAGGUGCAUUGUGUAUAUUACACCAAUGCCACAGUGUUUCUUCAUCUAUGGUUCUAAAUAUUGCUUCAAUUUCAAAUUUUGAAAGAUGUAUGAAUUUCCAGUUUUUUGUUUUCUUUACCCCGGUGCGUUUUAACAAAAAAAAAAUCAAAAAAAUAUCAAAAAAACAAAAAGGAAUAUUUAGCAGUAUUGUUUGUUCGAUAUGUGAAUUUGUUUGUGGCAACUCAAAAAAAAAAAGGCAUUCAGCAGUUUCUGACAAUUAACAUUCAUCAUUCCACACUCCUUGUCAACAAAGUGCUUUUUCACUGCCUAAAAUUUUAGAUGUAGAUAUUUGAAAUAGAUUUUUUUCAUUUAUACCAGUUUUCUUUAUGAUGAUACAGUGUUAAAAGAAAAUAAAUUACAAUUGAUCUGUCAUCCAUAUUUGCUAAGAAUGUCUAUUUCCAAGAACCUACCAUACAAAUACACAUUCUUACUCGUGUGUGUCCAUGUAUGCAUUGUAUUCUGUGUGCGUGUGUUUGAGUGUGUGUGUUUGUGUGGUGUAUGACUUCUUUUCAUCCAAUGUUCUCCUUGUUAAGCUUCAAUUUUUGUUUGAUUUUCAGUUCUUUUAAACAGUGGAAACUCCAGUAUGUGCUUUCUCUUACUCACUUCCGUAACCAUCGAUAGCAAUUCAACAUUGCUAGGCCACAUGCUCACAAAAGAAGGGGUAGCUGAUUUUUUAUCACCGACUCCAUCACCCUUAGGUGCCAUUUCCUUUAAAAGAGCAUCUUUUGAUCUCCUCUUGAGGAAAUUCCAUUACUCUCCAGCCACCAACCAGUAAAUGCUCAAGGAAGGCAGAGUUUGAUCUUGCCAUCUCCCUGAGGGAAUGAAAAACUAUGAUCCAUCAGACUUUAAACUGGACUCUCCAAACUCUUUAGACUACAGAAGGGUCCAAUUUUUGAACCAUUAGGACAAUCAUUUAUUUUAACCCAUACCAAAAAUAAAACCAAACACCCAGAACGCAUUCCUCAAAUAUGAAAAUAAAGACCAUUUCUGUGCAUUUAAAGUGAAAUUCUAAAAAAUUUAAGGGACAGAGAAAUUUUUUUAUUAUUAUUUGAAAAGAAAAUAACAGCUACAUAGGCUAGGAGGCCAGAAGAGCUGGCAUAUUUAUCUUAGCUCUUGUAAUGCUGGAAGGGAAAAAAAGAAGCAUUUCUUCAUUUCUGUCAUUCGGCAACAAACAGUUCAGCAUACAAUUUUCAGAGCAUAAGACCCACCACUAAUGGAAUAGUUGUAAAUGCUUCAAUUGCCAAUAAGGAAUUCACUUUAGGUUGCAAACAUUUCUGUGGUUAGUCACUGUAAUAGUUUUAACAUCACCUGGCACACUUCUGGCUGUGUGCAGGGGGAGAAGUCUCUCACAGGUCAUCACCUGCUCUAUAGGACACAGCCCAAGUAGUUCAUGCAGGCAGGUAUCGUGAUGUAGAAUUGGUUUAUUGGUAAUCUAGGACUAUAGUUUAAUCUUUUUGGCAGCUUUUCCCAGUGUACGAUAUGUAACCUUUGCUCUUUGUAGUAAACAUGGGGAAAAAAAAUAGCAUGCAAAAAAAUUU